GUUAAACGGGCAACCCGACACUGCGUCCUUUUUCUUGUGGUUCGUAGCGCCGCCCGUAUGCUCUUACUCAAGUCCAAAGAAAGAACAAACAACUUAACGGAAGGAUGAGGGGAAGGGCACUAGGAGGAGGAGGAGGUGGGGCUUUGGCGAAGCCUUUCGCCUCAUUGGUCCACAGGCGCGUUUUUAAUUUUUAAUAGCGCGUUAAGGCGGGUAUGGGCGGCCUGUAAAUGUUUCAUAUUCAUAAUUAGUCUAACUGCCCCCCCCCCGCACCUCACUAGCCUCUCAAUCCCCUGAGUGAGUGAAAGAAAAGCGGCCUUUCUAGUCCCCCGUUCCCAGCGAGGUUACACUUAACAUGGCUUCUUCCAAUCGCAAAAAUCCGGCUUCUGUCUCUGCCGCCGCCGAAACAUCCCGAGUCUUACUCCUGGAGGAGGAAGUCAGGAGCCUGACUGAGGAGCUGAGCCAGUGCCAGGCUGAUAAAGAAUUUGUGUGGUCUUUAUGGAAACGUCUUCAGGUUGCAAACCCAGAUCUUACACAAGCAAUCAGUUUGGUUGUGGAAAGAGAAAAGCAGAAAGCUGAACUCAAGGACAGGAAGGUUUUAGAGAUUUUGCAAGUCAAAGACAGCAAAAUACAGAUUUUGGAACAGAGAACGUGUGGGCAACAAGAGGAGAUAAACAACUUGGUACAGAGAAAGAUUGCUGUAGAUGAGGAAAAUGUUGCCUUGAAGAGUGAGCUCUGCAUCUUACAACAGAAAUGUAAAGAUAAAAUCGAGGAACUUAAGGACGCUAAGGAGUGUGCACUGAGAAAGGAAGAGCAAAGCAGAAUGGUUAUAAAAAAUCUGGAGGAGGAAAAUGAGGGAUUAAGUACACGCUAUGCUGACCUGCUAAAUGACCUGGAGAAACUGAGGAAGCGGGAGGCACAAUGGAGAAUAGAAAAAUCUGGCAUCGAUGCAAAAAUAAAGAAUUUGGAAGCUGAUUUAACAGAGGCAAGGGGGCAAAUGGAAAUCUUACAAAGCAGAUGCAAUGAUCUGGCAUCUCAGCUGAGUGUUAAGCAGACUGAACUAACCCAAAAAGAUUUGGAUGUAGCUAGAGCUAGGAAGGAGUUGCAGGAGCUGCAGAAUCUCUACAAACAAAACACUGAACAUGCAGCACAGCAGGCAGAGCUGAUCCAGCAGCUUCAGGCUCUCAAUAUGGAUACGCAAAAAGUACUAAGAACUCAAGAAGAUGCUCACACAGCUGAAACAAUAUCAUAUCAAAAACUUUACAAUGAAUUGACUGUAUGUUUUGAGAAACUUAAAUCAAGUGAGUUUCAGCUCCGGCAAAGUCAAGUGUCUCUCCAGAAUCAACUACUUGAAAAAGAACGACAUAUCAGUCAGCUGGAAGAACAACUUCAACAGGCCCUCAGUUCUUUACUACCCUCUCAAACUCUUCCAAAACAGAGAAAAGAGGAACCACCUGUGAAACGUUCAAGGUCUCUGUCCCCAAAGAGCUUUUUGAAAGAGUCGGAGGAAUUAAGGAAGCUUAAAAUAGCUGAAAGAAAGAUAGAAAACUUAGAAAAGACACUGCAGCUAAAGAUCCAGGAAAAUGAUGAGCUGAGACAAACCCAUGAAAAGCGCAAAAAGAGGCUGCAGAUGUUACAGACCAACUACAGAGCAGUAAAAAAGCAAUUAAAACAAUGGGAGGAAGGCUAUAGCAAGCCUGGAAGCACUAAAAGUGGAAAGGAGCGUCCAGAUCCCCAGCAGCUAUGUCAAGAAGAUUCUGAUGCUGUAUGGAAUGAGCUGGCUUAUUUCAGAAAGGAACACAAAAAGCUAUUGAUUGAAAAACUGAAUUUAGAAGAAGAAUUGGAUCAGAUGAAAGUAUAUAUAUCUAGGGAUAAAGCUACAAUACAAGAACUGAAUAUGUGUCUGCAACAAGAAAGAGAAGAGCUGCUCUUUAGACUUGGUGAAGAGGAUGGGGUCAAGAACAGUACUCCAAAGAAGAAUGUGAAAGAAAUAUCAGCACAGACAUUACAGAAGGUUUUACAACUGGAAAGAAGGUUAAAGGGUUUUGAGAAAGAAUCAAGGAGAUUGGAGGAAAUGAAUAAAGUGCUAACUAAAGAUAAAAUUGAUCUGAAAGGAUUGCUUAAACAGCAGAAAGAAGAAGCAGAGGCCAGAGAGAAGAAGCUCGAGGUGCUGCUGAAACAGAACACAGAAAUGAAAGAGGACAAAGCAGAGCUACAGCUGAUGAUAUAUGAAUUGGAGAAAGAGAUUGCCUCUCUGAAGAGGCAAGUGGCAGAAGCAAACUCACUGAGAAAUGAAAAUGAGGAUCUGUUGAGUCAAAUGAAGCAAUUGCAAAGUUCACUGGACAGAGCGAGGACAGUGGGUUCUAUGGUGGAGGCAUCCUGUGGGCAAUGUAGAUGUAAGAACAGAAGUGCCAAAGUUAAGCUGAAAACAGGGAAGAAGAGCUUAGUGGAACAUCACCAGUCUCUUCUCAAUCAGUCCAUCAAGGUUAUGAGUGGUGUAUUUGAGAACUUCAGUAAGGACGGCUGGGAAGAUAUGAGUGAAAGCAGUGACUCUGAAAUACCAACUUCUGAAAGCCUGGGGACAAUGAUUGCAAAAAGAACACAACUGAUUCCACCGACAGACAAAAAUGAUCAGCAAGAACAAAAUAAGAUGGAACACAAUCACAUGCCUUCAAACAGUAUACCUUUAGAAGGCCAAAGCAAAUUAUACCAUAAAAAGCAAAACAAAGAUGCAAAAUUAGCUCCCUUUCAAAGGAAGAAGAUCCUACAUUCAGCCACCAUUCCUAGUAAAGUAAACAGAGAGAAGAUAAAAAGUAUUGUGGUUCAGAAACCUGGUCGUGCCAUUUCGCUUUGGGGGAGGAUUACAUCUUUACAGCAGCAGUUAGGUGUUCUGCAGAAUUCAAAAAGAACAGCAGUGUCAUCUCUCAAAAAGUCCAGGGAAACAAAUAAAAAGUUGACGUCCCAGCUGCAUCUAACUAAACAAAGACUUCAGACCAGCAAGCAAACUGUUCAGACACUGAUGUCCAACCUGACUGAGUUGCAGCGAGAAAAAUCAGAUUUGCAAGGAAAAUUGGACCACCUGACCCAAUCUACCAAACUGAAAGAGGGCCUGUCUCCUGUGACAUCUGGCCAUACUGGAACAACACUAGCAACUUCACUAAAGAAUGUAGAUUUGGAAAUGAAGCAGCUGCAGUGUAAACUGAAGAAUGCAAAUAAUGAAAUCACUAAACAGUCAUCAACCAUUAAAUCUUUGAAAUGUGAAGUACAAGGAAAAGAAGAACAGAUGCGGGAACUACAGGAAAAGAUUUCUCGAAUGGAGAGGGACAUAAGUAUGAAAAGGCAUUUAAUAGAAGAUUGGAAACUGCGUAUGAAAGCAAAUCAGGAAAAGGAAAAAAGCUGUAAUGAAACAUUGCAAACUCUUGAAGAAAAGGUGAAGACAUUGAUGGAAGAUAGUUCAAACAAAAAAAUAUCCAUUGAUUCACUAAAGCAAAGGCUUAAUGUAGCUACAAAAGAAAAGGCACAGUAUGAGCAGAUGUAUCGCAAAGCGAAGGAGGAGUUGGAGAAAAAGGAGCUUAAACUUGCCAAUGCAGAAGCUAAAAUGGCUGAGGCUGAAUGUGCCAUGACAGAACUCGAAGCUACCGCCUCUCAACAACUUCAUGGCUUGGCAAGGCAAAGUGAACAGGCACUUGAAGUAGUGCAGAAAAAGUUGGUGAUGUCGAAUGAUAAGGUGGAAGAGUUCAUUACAUUUGUGAAGACUUUGGCCACAGAGUUACAGCGUUGUGUGAAAGAGAUGAGAACACGAAUCAAAUGUACUAAAAAAAUGCAAGAAGACAAAAAAUGCAGCAGCAUUUCCAAAGAGUCUGUUCACCGAGCCCAGUACUUGGCAGCAUCUAUCCUUAAUAUUUCAAAGACUGAUUUAGACAAUAUUCUUGAUGUUGAAGAUGAUGAGGAAACAGAACAGAUAAAAAUGGAAUACGAAAGUGACAAAGAAUGGAUGUGCUACUUACAGAAGCUGCUUGAAGGACAGUUUCCUUUUGCUUCAUAUUUAAUGGAUGCAGUGCUGGAAAAACUAAAUGAGCAGAAGAAGCUGGCAGAAGAAUACAGUUCUCUUGUGAAACAAAUGACCUAGGUGCUGCUGAACUGAAUUCUGAAAGAGAGAAAAGGGACCUUCUCGCUCCUUUUUUGCACUUUGAUUCCAUUACCAAUUUUGUCUCAUAUUAAUGACCAGUUCACAAUUUAUGGUUGCAAAUGUAUUUGCUGCAUUCACAUAGAAUAUAUCAAGUAUGAAAAGGAAAUUCACAUUUCCAAACAUGCAGUAGAUACACACCAAUGUAAACACGGCAAACAUGCCUAUUGUUGUGAAGGAUGAAACAGCCAUUGGUACUAUUGAUGUCAGUGGAACUUAUUUCUAAGUAAACAAGUGUAGGAUUUGGCUGUAGAUCUCCCUUCUUAUUUGCUAGUCAGUUUCUAUACAAACCCAUUGUAUUAGCCAUGGAGCCAUUUGAUAUUAGUUAUAGUCCCAUUCCAAAAGAAGUAAUGUAAGCAUUUUGCACAAGGAUUGCCUUAAACAAAUAAAAAUAUCAAUUUAUUUUCCCAUUACAGAUUCUUGAGAAAACAAGAUCCUCUGCCAACCCGAUGCCCUCCAGAUGUUUUGGACUGCAACUUCCAUCAGCCCCAGCCAGCAUGGACAUCUGGAGGGCACCAGGUUGCCAAAUAUUGGCUUAGAGGCUGUAUUACACAAACAGCAUUGUUCAGGUCAAUUCAUUAGGAAGUUCAGCUGCCUGUUCAUUUUAACGGAGCAUGUGCAGAAACGCUUUCUAGCUGAUUGCACAGCUGUAUUUCUGAAUAUAUGGCACAAAUUUUGUUGGACUUUAGAAUCUAACUUGGUGCCCUUUGAAAACUCCCAGUUAUCACUAACAUGAUAGACAAUUCCUAAAUUCCCUUUUUAUGUGAAACAUUAAAAAGAAAAGUAUGGAGUGAAUACAAGGGAUGUAAUGAAUCAUUCUGAGGGACCAUUCAGAACAUAUGUGCUUUCAAUUUUUUUACUGUGAAAUAAUAUGUUAAGUGUGCAAUGUAUUUAAUUGUAUUUAAUAAAUGU